ACUUGUCUUUAUCGUUGGCUUUCGUCGACACGAGUGUCGUGUAACCUCUCGUUCUCGUACGAUUCUUCCCUCAGGAUCAUCAUAGUCUAUAAUUUCAGUGUCAGAGUGCUAGCAUUUUCUAUCAUGUCGCUGGACGAAAGAUUUAAUCAUGCGGCCACAGCGGUGAAAGAAUUGGCUGCACAGCCAGAAGACGAGCAUCUGCUUGAACUCUAUGCAUUGUAUAAGCAAGCCAUUGUCGGUGAUUGUAACACAGAGAGGCCUGGUAUGUUGGAUUUUAAAGGAAAAGCAAAGUGGGAUGCUUGGAACAAUAAAAAAAGCCUGGGACAAGAAACGGCGAAAGAGCAUUACAUUGCUAAAGUGGAGUCAUUAAUUGCUUCAAUUGGAAAGAAGUAGUUGAUUCAUUAUCACACAUAUAUAUGCGCAUAAUCAUUCGCGUAUAAUCUCAUUGAAUUGUUCGUGAAACUUUUCAUUUUUAAUGGAAAGUACAGGAAGCAUUAUGUACGCACACGUGAAUGAUUGCAUACAGAUGCAAUAUGUUAUCAAUUUUCUAUUGUUUAGCAGCUACACGCACUUGUAUAGGAUGCACUUUUUUGUUUCUGUUCAUUUAUAAAUCUUGUAUUCACUUUAUUACAGUCAGCAUAAAAUUACUUCUCGCA